UACCAGUAACUUCAGAAGGAAUUAGCUGGAACCAGUUCAAAAGGAGAUUCUUACUCAUGUAUCUGGUAGACUUCGGCAAUCUGUGCCCUUUCCAAGUGUGAAAUGCCUGCCUCUUUGAAGACAGCUUUAAAGUGAACCGAUACUAUGUGCUUUAUCAUUCACGGUGGAGAACAAAAGUUGCCGUUGCUUGCAGAAAAGUGAGAGGUACAGUUGUAGUAUAUAAGCUUCAGGAUACAGAGACAUAGCCAUCUCUACUUCAGAGCUGCCUGAGAAGUCGUGGCUGCACCUGCACAGUACCUAGUAGGGUCCUGUUCUACUCGCUCGGAAGCCAUGGCUGUAGUGGAGUUGAAGGUUGGGAUGCACUGCGACAGGUGCAUCAAGUCGAUCAAGAAGGCGAUCAAGACGAUCGAUGAUAUGGAGAGUUACCAACUCGAGAAGGAGACGAACAAGGUCACAGUGACAGGAAACAUUACCCCAGAGGAAGUGGUCAAGGCUCUGCAGAAGAUCGGGAAGACGGUAUCCUACUGGGGUGAAGAGUGAAGACUAGAGCACAGGGGAAGUGGUGAAGGCGAUUGCAAAACAUGAAGACGGUGACAUGCUGGUGGUGAAGAGCAGAGCGCAUGAUAGUUAGCUAGGUAUUACAGUAUUAGCUCGUGUGUUACCAUGAGAUUCAGAAGCUACUUACACGCACCCCAUAUCGAGUAAUUUUUGGUGAGUUUCUGUGAAAUGGGUUAGCUGCCCCAUAGUGCUUGUUGAAUCGAUGGGAACAUCUUCUUAGAGGAAAAAAAAAAAAUCUUCUUAGAGGAUGAACCCAGCUUUCGCACGUUUUUGACGGGAAAUUAAUAAUGGGUAUGAAGUAUGAUAAGCAUCAUUUAUAUAGCCUUUUUCCUAUUA